AGGUCGGCUGGAGGGCAUAGUGGACUGGACAGUUGUGCAUUCGAUCAGCAGAUGCAAAGUGAUGGAGCGGUGGCGUGGACGAGUAGCCGUGGUGACUGGGGCCAGCGCGGGCAUCGGAGCUGCUAUCACGCGGGCUCUGGUGGAGCAAGGAAUGAUCGUCGUGGGGUUGGCUCGCAGAGAGGCUCUUCUACAGGAGCUAGCUACUGAGCUGGGUGACAGCGAAGGGAAACUCAUUCCCCGUAAAUGUGAUUUGUCCGUCGAGUCUGACAUAGUUGAAGCAUUCGAGUGGAUAGAAGACACGUUAAAGGGCGCCGACGUUAUCAUCAACAAUGCUGGAAUAAUGGACAACACUCCUCUUCUAGAUGCUCCAACGACCAUUUGGCGUCAAAUGCUGGACAUCAACAUUCUAGCACUUGUGAUCUGUAGUAAGCUGGCUCUCAACUCGAUGUUAUCUAGAGGCGUAGAUGACGGCCACGUCAUUAACAUCAACAGCCUAUUAGGCCACAAAGUGAUGGGGAAUCUGCUGCCGUUCUAUAGUUCCACAAAGUGGGCAGUCACCGCUCUUUGUCGAGCCUUCCAGAAUGAGCUGUUUGUGCGCCAGUCUCAUAUACGAGUCACGAGCAUGUGCCCAGGAUUGACCAGGACCGAGCAGGCAGAUUCCUUCAAGGAGGGGAAGGAUGACGCAGCCCUCAGCCCAGCAGACGUGGCUGAUGCUGUUAUAUAUGCACUAUCCACACCGUCCACUGUCAUUAUCGAGGAGAUGAAGAUUGCUCCAAAUGAUGGACGCAUUGGUCACUCACUGGCUCCAACCAGAACUAACCAAAUAUAAGAAUUAUUUUAGAAAUGAAAAUUGAUGUCACUUUUAUGAAAUACUUAUCAUUUAUGAGUGUAAUUAUAUUAUUUAACAUGCCAAUAACUUAUGAAUUUCGUAAGAAAGACAGACAUACUAUGCAGUAUAUUCAAUUGUAUACAACAUUCACAAACGUAUACUUCAAUAACGUACUGAUAUCUCGGCUAUUGUCAGGAAACAAAAAAGGAUGUUGCCUGCAAAAAUAGAUUUUAGGUUGGUAGUAAUUCAUUGCAAUAAUGGAUUAUUUGUUGACAGCACAAUCGAUUAACGUUUGGUAUCAUUCUCUAGUUUACAUUGAAUUCAAUUUGCAUUCUGAAUGCAGUUUGAUUCGAUAACCUGUUAUGUAAAUGUUUUACUGACAUUUAUUUUAUUAGUAUUUGUUUUUAAUUUGUAUUUUGACCAAUUUAUUUUAUUAGUAUUUGUUUUUAAUUUGUAUUUUGACCAAUUUAUUUUAUUAGUAUUUGUUUUUAAUUUGUAUUUUGACUUGCGUUUACAUCAAGUUCAUGCGCUGAAUCAUUAAAACGUUUUUAUUCACGAUAGUGAUAUAUAAUUGAUACUAUCAUUUUCAAAACACCAUAAAACAUCCGAGAUAACUAAAUACAACUGUAAAAUAGGAUAGUUAUUACAAUUUUAGUGGCAAAAUCUAUAGAAAAUAAUUUCCUAAUUUACUUUAUACUUUAAAAAGAAGUUUUCCUUUUAAUUAAAAAAUAAAAUAUUACGUUUUUAUUUUGAUUGAUACAUUUAUUUCAUCUUGUGUAACUUUUUAAGUCUCGUUGUAGGCAUUAACAGCUUAUUUUAAUAUAAUAAAUAAGUUGUAAAUAAAUAAUGCUGUCAAAUUGAGGUUGAAAUUAUCUUUCUGAAGUUAUAUGAAGAUGCACUUUGUUUAAUUUUUUUGUUAGUACGAGUAAGCAAUUCUUUAUUAAGAAGAAACAAACGUUUUACAUGUAUAAUAUAAUUUAAAAUUAUUUACAUAGUCGUACACGUGUUUAAAAUACUAUUUAAUUCACAUCCUAAUUUUUAAAUACACAAUGUAUUUGAAUGGCGUCACAAAUGAUAAUCGAAUAAAACACAUAAAUAUCUCUUA